UGGUAUUCACGAUGAGAACUUCGUGUGCUAUUUUUGUGGUCCUUCUUUGCUGCUCCUUGGGCUCCGCCAAGCUCUUCGAUGAUGAGCUGCGCGAAUUGACGGAGUUUCUGCGCUUGCAGAUGCGAUGUGGAUAUCCGGCUAGAGGGGUUCCCAUUUUGGCCCCAGCUCAGAUUUCCUACAAGGAUAUUAACAUCCGAACUGAGAACUUUGGCUGUAAUGGAAACUUCACUGAACUGACCAUCGAAGGUCUGGAUGGUUACGAAUUCUCCAAGCUUGUAUGGAGCAACAUUUUUCACACCAUUAAGUUUGAUAUAAACUUUCCCAAGAUAUCGCUGAAGAGCUCAAACUAUAAGCUCAAUAUCUUGGCUCGUCUUUUCGGUGGCGAUUUCUCCCUUUGGGGUGAUGGUGUGUUUAAUCUGGAACUGAUCAACUUCCGAGCUAAUGGCAGCUUUAUUAUUCGCCCAAAGACGGCCACCAGUGGGGUGCACGUAAAAAGCUGGAAGGUCGAUUGGGAGCUGGAGGAGGCCAAAUCCCAGAUCACGGGCGUUAUGAACAGUCGUCUCUACUCGAAAUUCAUCAACGAUUUGGUUAGGGAGUAUCUGGAAGUCAUGAUCAACGACAGCCCCACAGAAGUUUCCCAGUUCAUGGAGGAACUUAUUGUGCCGCCCAUGAACUUGGUGCUGGAUAACAUUGCCUGGUACGAGAUUAAUAUCAUUAUGGGUCUGGUCAACGGAAUUCUGCCAGUGGAGCCGAUUUGUUGAAGUGCUGCUGUUGAGGAGGUCGACUGCCAGGUGUUCAAGUGUUUAAAUGUGAAUAAAAGGCUAAGGAAGCAUUUGAUAACAAAUUAA